GGAAAUCUCCUCAUUUAAGUUCUUCCAAUCAAUCAUAGAAAGAGAUCAAUCACUUCGUAUAUGUUAUGAUAAAGUCACAGGAUGAUAGUGAGUGACACACACACGCUGGUAACAAGCUCUUUCAGUUUAUCUGCUUCCUACAACCACAACUUGGAUGAGUCUUCAGAAAUCUUCACCUACUAUGGUCGCGCAGCCGAAAUAGGAAAACAUUGCAGCUCAUACUUAUCCUUGGCAUCUAAGUUAAGCCCUGAUGCCAAUAGAGGUAUCAAAAUCAAGAGAGAACUUUCUUUCAACUAUGGAGAUUGGGAGCAGGAGGAUGGACAUGCAACCUUGAUGCCAUUCAACCAAAGCAACAGGUUUGAACACAGUUUGGCCUUAAAACUAGUCUCUUUCAAAGUGGUGGACGUUAGUUCAGUCCCUCACUUUGAAAAUACAGUGAGUCUUGGAGGCAUAAUGUAUAUAGGCAUAUCUGGUGAAGGUCGAAAUUUUCGAACCCACAAAUGUUGUCCUUUCACAAAGAGGCCUGGCUUAUCUGUUCUCAAAAUUGCAUUUGAAGGUGUAUACUUACAAAGCAAUGAGAAUGGGAAUGAGCAUUUGAUGUGUCUCUUGGGAAACACAACUUUACCAGUACCAGUACCAGAACCAUUCAACUAUGAUUGUAAUGAUAAUCUUCUAGAUUACACUAUCAUACAAGAUGACCAGAUUUUACUUGUUCUUCGGUACCCUCAAACGUUCAAUUUGACAAGCAGAGUUGUAAGAGGCGAAAUGCAAAGCUUGAAGCAAGAAGGAAGCUUGGCAUACUUUGAUAAUGUUCAUAUUUCUUCCCAGCUGAGGCACUACUCCAGCUAUCAAUUCAGCUCUGAAUUGAAGUCCACAUCUUGUGAUCUUUAUCCAUAUCAACAAGAACUGACAACACAUGGAGCAAAAUCAUUGGAUGCUGGCUACGGCUUUUGCAGUUUUCUUGGGCAAGUUAUACAGCAACCUUUUGAUGUUCUCCAAAACUAUAAUGAUAGACAUGUUGCUAGCAAACUAGGCCCUUUCCAUCUUGGAAAAGAAUUUAGUUCCAAUUGGACUCAAGAAAACUUUAGGCUGCUUUUUCAGAUUCUUAUGUGUGAGGAGGAAGCAUCUACCAACGAUGUCCAAACUGCAAGAGUUUCUGCAGUUCUAAGAGCAUUCCCUGCAUCCUCUCCUAUAUAUGCAUGGCAAGAAAGAACAGGUCUCUCAGGCCUGACUCUAUUCGCAGAGGGAACUUGGAAUUCCGCAACAAGAAAACUUUGCAUGACUGGGUGUGUUAGUUCAGUGUUAGACUCAGAAGAAUGCAACUACCAGAUAUCUUUACACUUUCCAAAUGUGUUCUCCAUCAAACAGAGGAGUGUAAUGCUAGGUAGCAUAUAUAGCAUCAAAAAUGAAACAAACACGUCCUUCUUGCCUUUGUUGUUCGAUUCAUUAUGGCGCCCUUCGGAACUUAAGAACCUUGGUCUGUAUAACAAUCCGCAAUAUGAACAACAACAACAGCGCCUUAUCCCACUGGAUGGAAUUGGCUACAUGGAUCAAACGAAGCCAUUGCGCCCUAUCUUGUAUCAUGUCUACAAUGAGACUAUUUACACGUAUAACAAUCCAUACUAUAAUUACUCAAAGGUUGAGCUAGCUGCAGCAAACAAAAAGAAGAAUUAACCCUCCAAAUUGUUCACCUUUAUCAAGAAAUUGUUCCUGAAGUAUCCAACUCUGGUGGAUGGACAAGAUUUGCAUGCUUCAUUUGAUUUCCUCUCCAAUAAACUCAAUGUCCAGGGGAUUUCAAUUCAUCAUCAAUCCUUGAGCAACCAGAACUCAAGGGUCCUCAUACGGAUGGAAGUGCUUUCACUUGAGAUUUCAUAUCAACAUGAAACAACAGAACCAGAAGAGAAGAAUCUCUUUAAUAUAUCAUUGCAUAUGACUUUCUCUGAAAGAUAUUUUGAUGAAAAUGCAGUUACUUUCCCUUACUUCUUGGAAGGUAUUUAUGAUCCCUUAGCAGGUGAUAUGUAUCUGAUUGGUUGCAGAAAGGUUUCAUCAUAUGAUAAAAGCAGUGUUGAGCAUGGCCUAGAUUGUUUGGUGGAAGUUAAGGUUCAGUAUCCUUCUGAAUCAACAAGAUGGCUGAAGUUUCCCUCAGUUGAAAUGACCAUCACUAGCCAAAGGAGCAAAGAAGACGCGCUGCAUUUCGAGCCUAUCACUUUCAAAACUUCAAUUCCAUACGACAAGAGUGAACAAAACUAUGCCUUCAGGAAAAUCUUUGAAUGUGCUCUAAGGCUUCUCAUUUCCCUUGCAGCAGUAGCCAUAAUUUGGAGCCAACUUCAGUAUAUGAAUACAAAUGAAGGCUGCAUUCCUUAUAUGUCUCUUGGGACGCUUUCCCUGCUGAUGUUUGGUUAUGGUGCAGAGUUGAUAAGGACCAAUGAGCUCCUCUUUGGAUCAAAUGAAUAUUCUUUUAGAAAUUUUCCUUAUGGGUUCAAUGGGUAUCAACAAGCCUUGUUGGAAGCAUUGCAAACCUCAACAAGGUUUCUAGUGUUGGUUUCUUUCCUUCUCACUAUAAAGCAGUAUCAAAAGGUGUCAGAAGUUAAGAACAAACCUAUUGCCUAUUAUCUUUUACCUGCAAUGUUAAUGAUUAAUCCGAGGAUUCUGGCCUCAAAGAUGCAGGAUUUCUUCUUGAUGCCUCAAGUCAUUGAGAACAAAGCUUGGAGAUGUCAAGUGAAGUCUUUGAGGAAAACAUACUAUUUUGGACUCACAUUGCUGAGACUUGUUAUACAUUUCUAUGACUACAUCAGAGAUCCUUUGGUGGAUCCAUUUGUUAGUGAUGGUGGUGAUGCAUUCAUCAACAACCAAGUGGGAUCAGAUUUCUUUUCCAUUUUUGAUAUCAUGAUUCCCAUCAUUAUGGUUUUAUUUACAUGUGUGAUCAGCAUUCAACAAAGCUGGAAUUAUCUCAAGCCAAAAAGUCCUUGAAGUCUUUUUUUUCUGAAAUUAUUUCUUCCUUGUUUCCUUUGUGUUC